AUUUAUACAUGUACUUGCACGUGGGUAUGGUAUGCAACCCUGCAGUCUAUUUAUUUAUUGCGGCGAGAAAAAGUUGAGCAAGGAAUCUGGACGGAAUAAAAAUUGGAAAACAAUAAUAUUUUAUCAUUUUUAUCGCCGUGCGUAGUGUCGGAGCUGCGUGUCGAUGACAGCAUGGCGACGGGAAUAUUCGACCUAGAAUUGGAGGACGGGGUUACCAUCAAGUAUGACGGCCGUCGUGUCCCGACAAUUGGCGAGGACGUUGAUGUCGGACAUACUGAAAUAGACCUUGACGAUAUUAGCGAGACGCCAGAGGGCGGGGAUCUAGAGGAGAUAAUGAGCGAUUAUAACACUGAAGAAAUCCUGCUAGAAAAAUCUGGACUUAUCGAUGGUCGCGCAGGACUUGAAGACUUUGAGAUUAAGAAAAUUCUGGGGACGGGAGGUUAUGGAAAAGUGUUCCAAGUCAGGAAGCGCAGUGGACAAGACUGCAAUACGAUUUUUGCCAUGAAGGUCUUGAAGAAGGCGCCGAUUGUGCUAAACAAAAAAGAUACUGCUCACUUGAAGGCAGAGAGGAAUAUUUUGGAGGCUGUAAAGCAUCCUUUUAUCGUGGAUUUGAAAUAUGCAUUUCAAACUGGAGGAAAGCUCUACCUCGUUAUGGAGUAUUUGAGUGGAGGCGAGCUGUUUAUCCAUUUAGAAAGAGAAGGGAUGUUUCUUGAAAAUGAAGCCUGCUUUUAUCUAUCAGAAAUUGUGUUGGCGUUGGAGCACUUGCACCAACUGGGGAUUAUUUAUAGGGACUUGAAACCUGAAAAUGUUCUCUUAGAUGUUGAUGGGCACGUGAAGUUGACAGACUUUGGUCUUUGCAAAGAACAAAUGCCCGAAGGGGAACUUACGCAUACGUUCUGUGGUACUGUUGACUACAUGGCACCAGAAAUUUUGAUGCGUGCAGGCCACGGAAAAGCGGUUGACUGGUGGUCGUUCGGUGCCAUGAUGUUUGAUAUGCUGACGGGAUCUCCCCCGUUUAAUGGCGAGACUCGAAAAAAGACUUGUGACAAAAUUUUAAAGGCGAAAUUACUUUUACCAACCCAUCUUACUCGAGAUGCCCAAGACCUUAUUAGGAGGCUCUUAAAGCGUCAACCUAACCAAAGGCUUGGCUAUGGACCAAUGGACGGUGUUGCAAUACGAAACCAUAAAUUCUUUAAGAAUUGCGAUUGGGAUGAUGUUUUAGCGCGUCGGGUAGAUCCACCGUAUAAACCUCCACUAGCCAGUGAUGAUGAUGUAUCACACUUUGAUACUAAAUUUACCGGACAACCAGCCGUAGAUUCCCCGGAUGAUACUAAGCUAAGCGAGAGUGCAAAUAUGAUCUUCCAGGGAUUUACAUAUGUGGCACCGUCGGUUUUGGAAGACUUUGCCAUGCCUCCCGUAGUGCGUGCUAGUGCUAGAUCUCUCCGUAACACUUUUGAGAAUAGAUUGACGUCAUCGGGAAAUAAUAUUCAGCAACAGAGCUUCGUUUCACCGAUUUCACCUCUGACAGCUUUCGAUUUCCUGGAAUAGCGUGGACUUGACGAGCGAUGGACUAUUUAAAUUAUGUACUUUUGACUUGUGUAUUGACUGUUGAUUCCUAAUUCUUAACUUAAGAUAUAUCUAUGUAUGUAUAUCACAUAUAGUGUAUGUAUGUAGGUGGAUAGAUAAAUUUACUAGUGCUCAAUUUAUGUGGCAACGGCCUAUACAAUCAUAUAUUCCAAUUUCUUACAGAGUUAUUUUUUAUAUGUAUUUUUUCUACCGUGUAUGUAUGCAAGGUUUGUUUCACUUGCUUUGCGUAUGACUUUUGCGUAAAUGUGAAACCAUUAUCGGUUAAAUUGUGUCGUAAAUAAUGAGCAAGAUAAGAAUAAAAUGUUGGUAUUUAAGA